CGGGCCUGGCCGAGCCCGCGGCGAGCCCGAGUGAGCGCCAUGGCGGAGCAGACCUACUCGUGGGCCUAUUCCCUGGUGGAUUCCAGUCAAGUGUCUACAUUCCUGAUUUCCAUUCUGCUUAUAGUCUACGGCAGUUUCAGGUCCCUUAACAUGGACUUUGAAAAUCAAGAUAAGGAGAAAGACAAUAACAGUUCUUCUGGGUCUUUCAAUGGCAACAGCACCAAUAAUAGUAUCCAAACUAUUGACUCUACCCAGGCCCUGUUCCUCCCAAUUGGAGCAUCUGUCUCUCUCCUAGUAAUGUUCUUCUUCUUCGACUCAGUUCAAGUAGUUUUUACAAUAUGUACAGCAGUUCUUGCAACAAUAGCUUUUGCUUUUCUUCUUCUCCCGAUGUGCCAGUAUUUAACAAGGCCCUGUUCACCUCAGAACAAGAUUUCCUUUGGCUGCUGUGGGCGUUUCACUGCUGCUGAGUUACUAUCAUUCUCUCUGUCUGUCAUGCUCGUCCUCAUCUGGGUUCUCACUGGCCAUUGGCUUCUCAUGGAUGCACUGGCCAUGGGUCUGUGUGUUGCCAUGAUCGCCUUCGUCCGCCUGCCCAGCCUCAAGGUCUCCUGCCUGCUUCUCUCAGGGCUUCUCAUCUAUGAUGUCUUUUGGGUGUUUUUCUCUGCCUACAUCUUCAAUAGCAACGUCAUGGUGAAGGUGGCCACGCAGCCAGCUGACAAUCCCCUUGACGUUCUAUCCCGGAAGCUCCACCUGGGACCCAGCGUUGGGCGCGACGUUCCCCGCCUGUCUCUGCCUGGAAAACUGGUCUUCCCGAGCUCCACCGGCAGCCACUUCUCCAUGUUGGGCAUUGGGGACAUCGUGAUGCCCGGACUCCUGCUCUGCUUCGUCCUUCGUUACGACAACUACAAGAAACAAGCCAGCAGUGACUCCUGCAGCGCCUCUGGGCCCGCCAACAUCUCCGGACGAAUGCAGAAGGUCUCCUACUUUCACUGCACCCUCAUUGGUUAUUUCGUAGGUCUGCUCACUGCUACUGUGGCGUCUCGCAUUCACCGAGCAGCCCAGCCCGCCCUUCUUUAUUUGGUGCCAUUUACCUUAUUGCCACUCCUCACAAUGGCCUACUUAAAGGGUGAUUUACGGCGGAUGUGGUCUGAGCCAUUCCACUCCAAGUCCAGCAGCUCCCGCUUCCUGGAAGUAUGAUGGAUCCCAAGCGUGACCAGAGCGGCCAUCAUAGUCCUUGUCUGUCGACGCGUGGUUUUAUUUCCUCUUAGAGCUGGCCUGGUACGGAGACGUACCUGUCUAAGGAACUGACGUGUGACUGGAUUUUGCAUUUGCAGGGAGCUUGCGUGCAGGAGGGAGGUGCUGGGGCCCUGAGCCAGCUCGCUUCCUUCUCUUCCUGCCGUUGUAGAGGUGGGGCCUCCUGAAGUGGCAGGCCCUGCCCAGCGCUGCUCCUUCCCCCGUGUGUGUGGAACUGCACCAGACUGGUACCUGUGGGGGAUGGAGAUGGACUUAAAAAUGACAACGGCAAGGAGUCAUUCUCUACUUUUGAACACUAAAAAGAUGAAAAGGAAAAAAAAACAUUUGCAAGCAAGUCCUCAGUGAACCCUCGAGAACUGUGGGACCAAAUUUUCCUUUCAGAGAACUGAGACAGAAGCUCUUCUGUCGUUAUAAUCUUUCCUUUUUUUUUUUGGAUUUAUUAAAUAUUUUCUGUGGUGUGAAGUGACUUAUUAAAUCCACAGACAUUGAGUGACUUCUUACAACGCACACCUGAGAACUUGUAAUGCGUUCACGUCCAGCCGGGCGUUGUGUUGGCAGUGAACGAGGGCACGGUUUUUAUACACACGCACACACGCACAUCGGUCUGUCUGGUAAACAGAACUAGGACCUGCU